AGAUGAGUAUAUUUUAAAUUUUGGAAAGAAGAAAUGAUUGAUCGGCCGAUUCCGGUUCAUUUCACGGCACCCUCUCUCUCUCUCUCUCUCUCUCCAGAGCUCACGAAGAAAAGUAUAUGUGUGUAAUUAGCGUAGUCCAUGAGGUUUGACCCAUUUCCUCUUUGCUUGUCUCUUUCGGCUGAAUCCUUCUUCUGGAUCCGGGUCUCGCCCGAAUUCGGGGUUCCCAAAUGGCUUACCCAUUGACUCGUUGAAUUGACCUUCGUCCUGAUCGAAGACAAUAAAUACCAUCUUGGCCUAACCCCUGAAAAUUUCGGAUUCGAGCUUCGACGGAAUCGGACAGAAUGGAGUGUAAUCCAUCUUUGGAGGCGACGGACGAUGAAGGGGUCCAUCAGGAUCGCCAUCCGUACGCUUCGGCUCCGAAGCAUCACAGUGAUAACGGCGACGUGAAUGCUGCAGGGCUUAGCACAACCAGCGUUCAUGAACUCCUAGAAUGUCCUGUCUGCACCAAUUCUAUGUACCCUCCGAUUCACCAGUGUCUUAAUGGGCAUACUCUAUGUUCAACCUGUAAAACCAGGGUCCACAACCGAUGCCCGACUUGUAGACAGGAGCUCGGUGAUAUAAGGUGUCUGGCUCUGGAAAAAGUCGCAGAAUCCCUUGAACUCCAUUGCAGAUAUAUGCAUAUUGGGUGCCUCGAAAUCUUCCCUUACUACAAUAAGCUCAAACACGAGAAUGGAUGUAACUUCAGGCCUUAUAACUGUCCAUACGCGGGAUCUGACUGCUCCAUCAGUGGCGAUAUCCCGUUCCUAGUUGCCCAUCUGAGGGAUGAUCACAAAGUGGAUAUGCAUUCUGGUUGUACUUUCAACCAUCGCUAUGUCAAGUCCAAUCCCUGCCAAGUGGAAAACGCCACAUGGAUGUUGACUGUCUUUCACUGCUUCGGUCAAUACUUCUGCCUUCACUUUGAAGCCUUCCAGCUUGGAAUGGCUCCAGUCUACAUGGCGUUUCUCCGCUUCAUGGGCGACGAGACAGAAGCCCGGAACUACGGAUACAGCUUAGAGGUGGGAGGGUAUGGCCGGAAGCUAACAUGGGAAGGAACGCCCAGAAGCAUAAGAGACAGCCACAGGAAAGUGAGGGACAGCCAUGAUGGCCUCAUCAUACAGAGAAACAUGGCCAUGUUUUUCUCUGGUGGAGACAGGAAAGAGCUGAAGCUGCGAGUCACUGGAAGGAUCUGGAAAGAACAUCAGAACGCAGAAGCAGCUGUUGCUUCCAACAUUCCAAAUCUUUGUUAGCUGAAAGCCUGAAACAUGGAUUUGAUCAUUUGCAACCUCAUUGACUUGUAAUGGUCGUCCCUUCAGUUUUUUUUUGUCUUUCUCGUCCAACCUUUCUUGGAAAAUCACACAUUUCUGCUGUAAAUCAUAAGGUGAUAUAUAUAGUUCUAAAGAGUCA